UUCCGGUUGCUGUGCGCGUGGGUGGGGGGGGUCGGAGGCCUGGGGAAGCGGAAGUGGGGCUGCGGUCGCGGCGAGCGCCCAGUGGCUGCCGGUGUCUCGGCGAUCCCCGCGCCCCGCAGCUUGUGUCUAUGGUUCCUGCCCCGGGCUGGGUCCUCCAGCGCCCGCUAUGCCGCGAUACUGCGCCGCGUCCUGCUGCAAGAACCGGGGAGGCCAGAGCGCCAGGGACCAGCGCAAGCUGAGCUUCUACCCGUUUCCACUUCAUGAUAAAGAAAGACUUGAGAAAUGGUUGCGGAAUAUGAAGCGUGACACGUGGACUCCCAGUAAGCACCAGCUCCUGUGCAGUGACCAUUUUACCCCUGACUCCCUUGAUGUGCGAUGGGGAAUUCGAUAUUUGAAACAUACUGCAAUACCAACUAUUUUCUCUUUACCUGAUAAUCAGGAAAAAGACUCUUCUCAGCACAAGCCACAAGAGAUAAAAACAGAGGAUGGGGAGGAAAUCAGUGUGUGUGUAGAGUCAGAUAAUGUAUCUGCUUCGUUUGAGCCUUGUUCGCCAAAGAAAAGUGUCACAAUUGCAGAAAGGCUAGAUGAAAAAACUCAAGCAAUUUGCUUAUCAACCCUGAGCAAACCUCCACAACAGAAAGUGUCGUUUCAGAACACAGAAAACUUGCAAGCAGGCACCAUAAUUCUUAGUUCAUCAGAGCAGCAUAUUCAGCAAACGCCUGUUUUAAUGGCAGAAACUGUCCAGAACAUAGAAGCAAGUAAUAUUCAUACAUCGGUAGAGAAUCUUUUAAGUUGUACAGCCACAGUUUUGCAAGUUACAGACCCUGAAUACUUGGAUUCAUCUUUGAAAUUUAAAAAUGCGGGUGGACCAAUUAUUGACCAUCUAGCUGAGAAUCCUAACUCACAUAUUGCAGUCUGCUCUGUGGAAGUACAGCCAAGUGAAAAUGCAGUUUUCUUCAGUACAAUCACACGAACUAUCGAACAGUUUAAUGGAAAUGAAGAAUCUGUCAUUGCUAUCAUUGUGCCUGCUGAGUGUUCUAAAGAGCCUUCAAUGGUAAGUAGUUCUUUCAUGCCUAUUAAACAGGAGUUCAUAGACAUGGAAGAAAUAGAAAUUCAAAAAUCUGCAUAUAUAAACAAUUAUGGUGAAACUGAAAUAUUACAAACUGAGCAUUCAUAUUGCAGACAAGACAUAGACAGGGAUCAUCUCUGGCAAAAAAUUGCAAAGCUGCAUUCCAAGAUAACACUCCUUGAAAAACAGGAAAGAAAAACUUUAGGUAGGCUCAAAUCCCUGGAAGCUCUUAUUGGACAACUAAAACAGGAGAACCUGCUUUCUGAAGAAAAGCUCAAGAUUGUAGAAAAUUGUUUCACAACAUUUGAAGUGACUAUGAUACAAUAAAAUCUUUAAAAUGAGUGGUCUAACAUGGCUUUUUUUUUUCAGUCUUUGAUUAUCCUUCUCUAUAAAUGAUGCAUCCUUUUUCCAUGAUGCCUUAUUAAUGAUAACACAAAAAUGCUAUAUAACAGGUGUUCUUGAAAAAGUUAUGUCAUCUGUUCUACCAAAGACCAGUGAUAGACUAUUGCCCACAAACAUGAAUCAUAAAUGAGCAGAAUAAAAGGAAUGUCUAAAAUAAAAUAUAAAGUUGUGGAAUAAAAAUGGGAGGAACUUUCUCAGAUUCAAGCUUCUCUAGAAUAUAUGAGCCUUACAGUUCAGCACAACAGUACAAACUGAGCGGAGAUCACAGCUGGGUGGGGUACAUAAUAAAUAGUGAUAGUCAACUUGUCCCAGUUCACUAGCAAAUGAGUAAGAACAGUUUAGAGUUACUGCUUCUUAAACUGGGAGGUAUGUU